UAUAAAUUACUGCAUAACAGAUUAUGGGAAGUUGUUGUACAGGAUAAUAAGCAUGGUGUGGUGAUCAAAAAACAUAAGUUAAUUUGGGAGUAAAUCAAUCAUAAGAUCCAGAUAAAAAAUUGGAUGAACAGUUAGAUGAAAAUUUAGUUAAGGAAAAGGCUACAAAAAUAUAAGGUAAUUUCAGUUUGGAAUUAUGAAUAGCACAUAUAAGAGGUCAUAAGGCGAGAGAAGAGGUUAAGAAAAUAAAAGAAACCCAAAAGAGUUCGGAACAAGUUUCAGAUAAGUGCAUUAAAUAAAGUCUUGAACCUAAAAGAAUGGAAAACCAUCAAUAAUAGGAAGAAAAGGCAUCUGUGACAGCGAAGGAAGGUGCCUAUACAAAGGGUCCAGAGUAAGGUGCUGGUGCUAAUUAGCAUGCUCCAAAUGAUAGAGUAAGAAAAAUUGAAAGGGUACCUGACUUUUUGACAGAUCGAACUAGACAAGUAUAUUUUAAUUAUACAAAGGUUUUGGAGAGAUUGGAUGAGUUUGUUUACGAUUAAGAUUAAGAGGAAUACAAAGAUUUACCACAACUGGGUCCUUAUGAAUUUGAGAACGGAAGUGUUUAUAUAGGUUAAUGGAAGAACGGGUAUAUUUUUGCAUUUAUUUUAUCUAGAUAGAGACACGGAAGAGGAAAACAAAUUUGGCAGGAUGGUUCAUUGUAUGAAGGCUACUGGUACUAAAAUGUAGCAUGUGGCAAAGGCAGAUUAAUUCAUUCUGAUGGUGAUAUUUAUGAAGGAGAAUGGAGAAAUGACAAGGCUCAUGGUUAUGUAAAUUAUUUAGAUGUAAUGUUAGGGAAAAUAUGUUCAUAUGGAUGGAGCUCAGUAUAUUGGGCAAUGGGAAGAUGAUAGAUAGAAUGGGGAAGGAUAAGAAAUUUGGCCAGAUGGUGCUAGUUAUUAAGGAUAAUAUAAGAAUGGAAAGAAAGAUGGUAGAGGUACAUUUAAAUGGGCUGAUGGUUCGAUUUAUGUUGGAGACUUCUAUUAAAAUAAUAUUUAAGGACAAGGAGAAUAUAGUUGGGAAGACGGUAGGAAAUACGUUGGAGAAUGGAAAAAUAAUAAAAUGGAUGGCAAAGGGGUAUGGUUAUUUAUACAAACCAAAGGUUUUUACUUGGUUGGAUGGCAGAAGAUAUGAGGGUUAAUAUAAGGAUGAUAAAAAACAUGGUUACGGAGAAUUUAAAUGGCCUGAUGGCAGAGUAUGAUUUUUUUAAAGAUUAUCAGGUCUAUAAAGGAGACUGGUCAAAUGGCAAAUAGCAUGGCAGAGGAAUCUACAUAGGUUCAUCAAAGGUGGAAAAGGAAGGAGAAUGGUAAGAAGGUAAAAGAGUAAGGUGGAUUAGAAGAGGAGGCUAACCAAUCGAAGAGGGAAAUUGA